AAUACGAAAGCAGGCCAUCCAUCCAUCUCACCAACAAUCCAUCAAUACAUUCGAGUAAUGAACGGAGCUGGGUCAUUCAAAGGGCGUUUCGCUUAGGACUUCGACUUCUUUCUGUUUGUCCCAGCCACCGAUCCGUCUGCUUGCCUUCAGGCGUAGAACUGCAGAGACGCCAUCUUGCUUGUUUUGAAGUUAGUUGGCGAAGUAACUUAGCCAGCUAGUUAAUCAAAACGUUUAGCCAGCUAGUUAAUUAAAGCGAUUAUCUAGGAACUUUUAAACUCCUUAACAAACCAGGUUCUCGUGAGGUUCGCUACUCUGUGAGGAGGACUGGUCGAAGCUGAGAUGAACCAAUUUGAACAUCUGAAAGAUGACGACCCAGAGGAUCAGGAUGAGACCGUCUGUAACCGGGAGGAAGACGGCUCCAUCAACAACAACCGACGCAAGGAUGAAGCUAAUAAGAACGGUGGGAAGUGGAUCAUCAGGCUGCGGAAAGGUCUGGCCAGCAGGUUCUGGGAGAACAUUAUUCUGGCCAUGUUGGGAGAACAGUUCAUGGUGGGAGAGGAGAUCUGUGGGGUGGUGGUCUCUAUACGGUUCCAGGAGGACAUCUUGUCUAUAUGGAAUAAGACGGCCAGCGAUCAGGUGACGACAUCUAGAAUCCGAGACACUCUUCGGCGCGUCCUGAACCUCCCUCCCAACACCAUCAUGGAGUACAAGACACACAACGACAGCCUCAAGGAUAAUUCCAGCUUCCGCAACACAAAGAUCACCCUGUGAAGAGAGGCGGAGGAGGAAGAGAGGCAAAACCACCUGACCGUUUCUCCUGAAGUUAUACUGUUUCCUCAUAAAGCAUAACAUGACUCUCUGUCACAUUCUAUCUCCUCUCUCUCGGCAUCUCUUUCUCUCUCGGCAUCUCUUUCUCUCUCGGCAUCUCUUUCUCUCUCGGCAUCUCUUUCUCUCUCGGCAUCUCUUUCUCUCUCUUUCUCUCUCGGCAUCUCUUUCUCUCUCGGCAUCUCUUUCUCUCUCGGCAUCUCUUUCUCUCUCGGCAUCUCUUUCUCUCUCGGCGUCUCUCUCUUUCUCUCUCGGCUUCUCUCUCUUUCUCUCUCGGCUUCUCUCUCUUGGCUUCUCUCUCUUUCUCUCUCGGCAUCUCUCUUUCUCUCUCUGGCUCUUUCUCUCCAGGCUUCACAAGGUGAUUGAGGUGCUUAAAAUACUUGAAUUAGCACUCUGAAAUGGAACACCUUGAAAAGUACUUGAAUUAAAGGAGAACAGAAAAUGAUCAAAUAUGGUUAUGAAAAAAGUAUUGGUCUUGAAUUCUACCCAGUUUUAUUUCCUCACGUUCUGUGAUCUGGUUGCCAGGCGAGAUCGCUCAUUCCACCCACUCAGCCAGGCAGGUCCAAAACUGACUGAUUAGGUUCCCGCCAAACAUCACAUCGAUAGCUAAAAGGCCAGGCAUGUAGAUUUAACCUGUUGUGGGUAUGGAACAUUUCUGGGAUCUUUUAUUUCAGCUCAUGAAACAUUCACAUGGGUGAUUCGACCCUGAAGAGCGACAUGAAGCGGCAAAGACAACGUCCUGCGCCGGCGCCAGUUCUACGUUGUGACUUUUUCUCUGCAAUGACCUCCAGAGCAUUUUUACCAAUCGCGUCAUUCACCGGGGUCAUGUGACAUUCAAUUUUAUCAAGCGGCAGCCAGGCUCCUGGCGUUCUGUUGGCUGUUCACCCGAGCAGCGACACUAAAGCUGCCAGUCGGAAGCAAGAUGCUUUUUCGUAGAUAUUAAGAUUCCCAAAUGUGCAAUAAAAAUACAAUAGUCAUUAAUACUCAAAUGACAUCAUCAGUACUGACGAUUCAUGUAUAUAAUAAAACAACGUAUUGAGUUUAACUUGUAAGGUAGUGUAUAACUUUAGUGAUGAAUAAUAUAGUCAUUUUUUUCCAUUAAGGCGAUAUACUGUCAUCUGGUGGCAACUAGAAACAAAUAAUCCCAUUUUAUUGGUCACAUACACAUGGUUAAUAUUACAAACUGAUGGUCCUUGAAAAUAAAUACUAGUGCUUGAAAAAGUACUUAAGUCCUUGAAUUCGACUUGCCACUGUCUGUAUGAAUCCUGUCUCUCUCUUUUGCUACCUGUUUCUCUUGCUGCAUUUCUCUCUCUCCCUGCAUUUCUCUCUCUCCCUGCAUUUCUCUCUCUCCCUGAAUUUCUCUCUCUCCCUGCAUUUCUCUCUCUCCCUGCAUUUCUCUCUCUCUCCCUGCAUUUCUCUCUCUCCCUGCAUUUCUCUCUCUCUCCCUGCAUUUCUCUCUCUCUCCCUGUAUUUCUCUCUCUCUCCCUGCAUUUCUCUCUCUCUCCCUGCAUUUCUCUCUCUCCCUGCAUUUCUCUCUCUCUCCCUGCAUGUCUCUCUCUCUGCAUUUCUCUCUCUCUGCAUUUCUCUCUCUCCCUACAUUUCUCUCUCUCCCUGCAUUUCUCUCUCUCUCCCUGCAUGUCUCUCUCCCUGCAUUUCUCUCUCUCCCUGCAUUUCUCUCUCUCUCCCUGUAUUUCUCUCUCUCUCCCUGCAUUUCUCUCUCUCUCCCUGCAUGUCUCUCUCUCUCUGCAUUUCUCUCUCCCUACAUUUCUCUCUCUCUCUACAUUUCUCUCUCUCUCUGCAUUUCUCUCUCCCUCUGCAUUUCUCUCUCUCUCUGCAUUUCUCUCUCUCUCCCUGCAUUUCUCUCUCUCUCCCUGCAUUUCUCUCUCUCUCCCUGCAUUUCUCUCUCUCUCCCUGCAUUUCUCUCUCUCCCUACAUUUCUCUCUCUCUCCCUACAUUUCUCUCUCCCUGUAUUUCUCUCUCUCCCUGCAUUUCUCUCUCUCCCUGCAUUUCUCUCUCUCUCCCUGCAUUUCUCUCUCUCCCUGCAUUUCUCUCUCUCCCUGCAUUUCUCUCUCUCCCUGCAUUUCUCUCUCUCCCUGCAUUUCUCUCUCUCUCGCUGUCUAUUGCAUUUCUGAGAGUGUUUCACUGCGGAGAUGGAGUAGUGCGUUGCUAUGGAAAAUAGUGUGAUACUAUGGAGACAUGAGCGUCGUCUUUUUGCAACUUGUCCCUGAGUUGCCACAACAGGCCAGUGGGACCAACUCUCUGUGUGUGUGUGUGAUGGUGUUAAUGUUCCCUAACCCUACAGAAAUAAAUGUGUUUUUAGUA